GAAAAUGGCGUGGAGCUGCUGCGCUCGUGUCUGGGUUAAGCAGGAGUUAUUGGGUGGUGGAAGAAGCCGGGCGCACAGGCCUAGUCUGUAUACACAACAGAGAAAUGGAUUCAGAAAACCAUCACAGAAGAGCGAUUUCCAACAACCAAACUCGGAAACUGGUUCGAAGCCACAGAAAAGUAGUUUGUCUCCUCCAGUUCAGGACCCAGUCUUUCAUGAAUCAAAUCGUUCAAUGAAGAAGCUUGUGAAACCUCUCAUCUUUACAGUUGGGUUUUCAGGCUGUGCUUUUGGAUCAGCUGCUAUUUGGCAAUAUGAACAUCUCAAAUCCAAGGUCCAGAACUAUUUUGAGGAUGCUCGAGCAGACUGGAUGGACAGGAUGCGACCACAGAAGGGGCUGGACUUCAGAAGGCAGAUUAACCUGUGGUGGAAUAGUCUGAGCAACGGGCAACGGGCUGUGUCAGGCAUUAUAGCUGCAAACGUCUUUGUAUUCUGUUUAUGGCGGGUGCCUUCUUUGCAACGAAUAAUGAUCACAUAUUUCACAUCUAAUCCAGCUUCUCGAGUCUUGUGUUCCCCCAUGUUGCUGUCUACUUUUAGUCAUUUCUCAUUUCUGCACAUGGCAGCCAACAUGUAUGUUUUGUGGAGCUUCUCAACCAGCAUAGUCUCCCUUCUGGGACGUGAACAGUUCUUGGCACUGUACCUCUCUGCAGGGGUUAUUUCCACAUUUGUCAGUUACGCCUGCAAAACGAUUACAGGAAGGUUUGGACCAUCACUUGGAGCAUCAGGUGCGAUAAUGACCGUCCUUGCAGCAGUAUGUACGAAGAUGCCGGAAGCCAAGCUAGCUAUAAUAUUUCUUCCAAUGUUCACAUUUACAGCUGGAAAUGCUUUAAAAGCCAUUAUUGCAAUGGACAGUGCCGGACUUGUUUUGGGCUGGAAGUUUUUUGACCAUGCAGCACACCUUGGGGGAGCUCUGUUUGGCAUGUGGUAUGUAAUAUAUGGGAAUAAACUUAUAUGGAAUAAUAGAGAACCAGUGGUGAAGGCUUGGCAUACAUUGAGGACUGGGAAACCAGGGAAAUGAAGUGGGACUCAUGGCUGCUGCUGCGUUUUAGAAGACACUUGUACAGAAAUAGUGUGCUACUUGGAGGAAGACCGGAAAGUGGAUUGGUCAUCGCAUUGCUGCACGGGACAUACUGGGACCUUUGGUUCCUAAUGUGAUGAAUAAAUGUAUUUGGUAAAAAAAAAAGGCAGAACUGAAACAAAGAUUGUAUCUUACUGCUUUAUUAAGUGAGUCUGUAUCACUUUCUUAGGAUAUUUUGGAGCUAAAAUAAAAUGGGAUCAUCUGCC